GACAGUUCUAAAUGUCUACAAUCGAUCUGUUCUAUUUUUACCCAUAACUUUUCGUUUUACACCUUCUCGAAAAAAAAAACCCCAGUUUUCCUAGAACUUGUGUGUUAGUUGGUGUAUACAUAUAUGCUGUUUUGUUGAUUCGUGUACACAGUUGUUUCAAAAAAAAGGCCACACUACGAUGUCUAGUACAGCACUGGGUCGUCUGGCUGAAGAAAGGAAAGCAUGGAGAAAAGAUCAUCCGUUUGGUUUUGUAGCGACACCAACCAAAAAUGCUGAUGGUACUAUGAAUUUAAUGAAAUGGGACUGUAAAAUACCGGGGAAGAAGGGAACAUCAUGGGAGGGUGGUCUCUUUUCCUUGAAGAUGACUUUCACAGAUGCGUAUCCAAGUGUUGCACCUGAAUGUACAUUUCAACCAACAAUAUUCCACCCAAAUAUUUUUGCAAACGGGGUGGUUUGUCUUUCAUUGCUGCGUGAUGCAAAUUACUGGCGAGAGGCAGUGACCUUAAAAGAGAUUCUUUUAAGCAUCCAAGAUCUUCUAAAUGAACCAAAUCCAAACAGUCCAGCAAAUCGUGAUGCAAAUAUAAUUUAUGUUCAAAACAAGGCAGAAUAUGAAAGGAGGAUUCGGGAACAGGCUUUACAGUUUAAAGAUCCUAAUCUUAAAUAACUUUGAUACAAUAAGUAGUAGUGAGUCACUUGUGAUAUUAAAAAAAAUCAAGAAAUGCC